AUGGCUCCGUCUAAUAGCAUCAAUAGAGGACCAAAAGCUGAAGAAACCUCUCUGGAUACGACUCUUCCUGCCAAUGGAAUGCCAAUACUCAAAAAACCAAACGCAAUUCUGCUUCAUGCGUGUCGUGUAGGACUCAGAUCUCUAGUAUUAGGAUAUGGUCUACGAGCUGGAGUCGAUCUCGCCCUGAAACUCUUAUCAGUUAUACGAAAACGCAUGAAACUAGUCGACGCACUACGCGCAUCUCUAUUUGGAGAGGAUGCAUUCCGUUUCGCUCUAGUUGUAGGAGGAUUUGGAUUCAUAUGGAAGCUCGUAGACAACACACUACGACUCGUCCGAGGAGUCGACGAUAAACUCAAUGGAUUUAUUGCUGGUAGUUUAGCAGGUCUAUCACUACUAGCCGAAAAGCAAGACCGUCGAAUAAUGUGGGGCCAACAAUUAGCAGUACGAGCCGGUGAAACUAUAUUCAACUCGCUACGACUCAGUAAAACCUUUCACUUCCCAUUCGCCUCAUCGCUGAUAUUUAUGCUGUCUUCGGCUUCCAUCAUGUACGCAUAUGUCAUGCAACCACACACCAUACCGAAAUCGUAUUACUCGUUUAUAGUCAGUACGGGGCCGAUACCGGAAGAUGUAUUAGGUAUGGUGAGACAGAAUGUUAGAGGUGUCGCGAUCGACCCUUUGGCCUUCGUCAAUGCUGCUACAAAGUAUCAUGGAACUAGUCAUGCCGUUGAAUAUGCCAAGAGCAUGACGUCUCUGCCACCAGCUAUACCAUGCGAGUUAUUCCAUCCAUCGAGGGACUCGCAUGUCCUUCAUUGGGGUUGGGUAUUCCAGAAGGUGCUCAAGAAGAUACUGCCUGUGUAUUUGGCUCUGAAUGUGGUGCCGUUGGCUGUGUUGAGAAUGCGUGACUUCUUCAAGAGGCCGAUGGAGCUGUCACAACGAUCUCUUACAAACGCCUUCAGAAGCAGCGUCUUCUUGGCUACAUUCGUAUCCGGCUAUCAAGCCAUAGUAUGUAUACAACGAGAGCUCAUAGCUCGCAACUGGCUGAAAUCAGACAGCAAGUACAUAUACUGGUGGGCUGGUCUAUUAGCUGCAUCGUCAGUCCAAAUUGAACACACAGGGCAGAGAAAUAAUCUGGCCAUGUAUGUCCUCCCUCGAGCAAUGGAGUCGCUGUAUACCGUCUUGUACCAGAAGAAAUGGAUGGUACAGAUCAAGUACUUUGAGGUGGCCAUGUUCUCAGCUGCAAUGGGAAUCAUCUUGGCAUAUUUUCAGACGGAGCCUGAUGCUUUAGGGGGUAUAGUCAACCGCAUUCUACAGCGUGCAAACGUCUGGGUUGAGGACAAGAAACGGGGCAGACUCAUUGCCCCCAUACGAGAUGCUCAUGGACGUUUGGAGUUCAGUCCAAUCGUCAAAACACCUAUAGAUGAAUCAACAUAA